AGACGGGUGGUGUGUGGCCAAAUGAUUCAAAUGUUCAGUGUUCAGAGACCGUGUGGGACGGUGUGAGGAACCGAGAGAGGACUGUCGCGAGGCACAGCAUUAGAGACAGUUUGUUGUGCCCGUAAAGGACUUUCGGAUUGUUGUGUGUGUGUGUGUGUGUGUUGAGCAAAAAGUGUUGCCUCCAAGCCACGUGUACAUACAGCAGGACAUCAUGGCCACAGAGGAGACGUCAGUGGCCGUAGUUGGUUAUUUCAAGUGGACGUUCGCCAUCUUGCUGUAUGUGAUCACCUUCAUCCCUUCCAACUACAUCUACGACGAAGCCGAAGUGGUUACCGUGCAGCGCCUCUUACCGGCGUAUGACUACGUGGUGGUGGGUGGCGGCAGUGCUGGGAGUGUGGUAGCGGCGCGACUCAGCGAAGAGGCUAACGUGACGGUGGCACUGCUAGAGGCGGGAGGCCAUGAGAGUCAGCUGUCGCAGGUGCCGGGCCUGGCGAUGGACCUACAGCUCUCCGAGAUGGACUGGCAGUACCGCGCCCAUCCCUCCACCACCUCGUGCCUUGGCAUGAUAGACAACAGAUGCAACCUCCCCAGGGGACGUGCUGUGGGCGGCAGCAGCAGCAUUAACUAUAUGUUAUAUGUUCGGGGGAACAAACUGGACUACGACCACUGGGAGGCUUUGGGCAAUCCUGGUUGGGGAUUUGUUGAUGUUCUGCCCUUCUUCAGGAAGUCCGAGGGCAACAAGGACUCCACUGUUGACGUUACUUUUCAUGGGACGAAAGGACCACUGACAGUGGAGGCCGCUCCUUGGACUACUCGUCUGGCACAUGCCUUCCUUCAGGCUGGCAUGGAGCUGGGAUAUCCUGUGCUGGAUGUCAAUGCAGCCUCCCAGGAGGGUUUUAUGAUGCCGCAUGGAUUUCUGCGUCGAGGAAGCCGCUGCUCCAAUGCCAAAGCUUUCCUUAGACCUGCGUCGAGGCGCAACAACUUGCACGUGGCCCUCAAUACACUUGUCAAAAAGGUGGUCAUCUACCCGUCCACAAGGAGGGCCCUCGGCGUGGAGAUUGAUGGGGGGCAGGUGGUGGCGGCGCGGCGGGAGGUAGUGCUGUGUGCCGGAGCCAUCAAUACGCCGCAGCUUCUCAUGCUGUCGGGCAUCGGACCCGCCGCCCACCUGAGGAGCCUCAACAUCACCGUGGUGAAGGACCUGCCUGUUGGACGGAACUUGCAGGACCAUGUAGCAGCAGGCGUCACCUUCACCAUCGAGGAGCCAGCGUCACUCAGCACCGCACGCCUACAGAACGCCCCUGCCUUCCUUCGCUACGCCUUCCUUGGCUCCGGCCCGCUGGCUUCCCUCGGCGGAGUGGAGGGUGUUGCUUUCGUUAACUCCGUCUAUGCAAACGCCUCUGUGAAAUGGCCUGAUGUGCAGUUCCAUUUCAUCGCCGGUUCUCACGCCUCUGAUGAAGGACGGCACAUGCGCUACAUCUUAGGGCUGAGAGAGGACCACUGGACCAGCUACUACAAACCCCUCGUCUCCCGCGAUCACUUCACUAUCAUGGUGCUCCCUACCAGGCCUCGCAGCAGGGGGUUCGUCGAGCUGGUAUCCCGCGAUCCCCGUCAGCCUCCUAAGAUGGUGACCAAUUACCUGACGGAGGAGCAUGACGUGAAGGUGUUGCUGGAUGGGAUGCGCAUUGCCAGGGAACUUGGCAACACUCAGGCUUUCAAGAGGCUAGGAUCGAAGCUUUACGAGGGUGUAGUGCCGGGAUGCGAGCACCUCCCACUUUCCUCCCCUGCGGCCUGGGAAUGCCUCUCCCGCCACCUCACCCUCGUCUUCUACCACCUGAGCGGUACCGCCAGGAUGGGUCCGCCAGGCCACCCAGACACUGUGGUGGAUCCUUCCCUCAGGGUGGUGGACGUGCCUGGCCUGCGGGUGGUGGAUGCUGCAGUGUUUCCGACCUUGCCUUCAGCGAACACCAACGCGGCGGUGACCAUGGUGGCGGAGAAGGCAGCUCACCUAAUACAACAUGAGUGGCAGGAUGUCCAGCAACCCUCCGUCCUUACUCCUUUAUCUUCCUCAGUCACGCCAGGGCAGAGGGCAGGGACGGCAGGCGUAAAGGAGGAGCAUUAUGAUGAGCUGUAAUGUGUGUCUUCACCCUUGCCCUCUGUCCAAGAUCAGUGUUGGUAGGAGAUGCUGGAUGUCACUCACCCCAACCACUUUCACUUGUCUCCUUUAUUUGUAUCACCCCCCCACCCACACACACACACACACAUACUCUCUCUCUCUCUCUCUCUCUCUCUCUCUCUCUCUCUCUCUCUCUCUCUCUCUCUCUCUCUCUCUCUCU